AUGCCGCAAACGCUGAGUUCUACCAGUAUGUUUACCCCAUGUGGCUUCAGCCCUCAUCUACAUACUUCGAAAGAAGAUGAACAAGGAGGACUGAUCUUCCAGGAUGGAAACCUUACCUCAGCAUCUCUGGAUGCUCUAAUCCAGCAUCUCAUACCUACCACUGAUUACUACCCUGAAGUAAGCAAUUCACAACUCUUCAUCGAACCCCAUGAGCUUUUGUCCCGAGUUUGUCACAAGUGCAUUGAGCAGCAGCGGCUGGACGACCCCGUGCUGGACAAGGCUCGGAUCAGAAAAUUUGGACCCAAAAUCUUACAGUUGCUGACAGAGUGGACAGAGACGUUCCCGUAUGACUUUCGAAAUGAGAGGUUCCUCAGCAAUGUGAAACCUUCUGCUAGAAAAGCUGCCUACUGGAAAAAGAUGAAUCAGCUUUUGCAAACCCUGAAUCAGAAGCUUGCAACCCUCAGCCAUGGGCAAGAAGGGAUUGUCAAGAUCAGUGCUGCUGUUUCUGAUAAGCUGGUUGCCUUUAAAAGUAAACCUCCGUCAAUUCAGAGAGAAAUCCUGAGCGUCUGCAGUGACCCUUACACUCUGGCUCAGCAGCUGACACAUGUGGAGCUGGAAAGGCUAAGUCACAUUGGACCUGAGGAGUUUGUGCAGGCAUUUGUACAUAAAGACCCUCUGGAUGGCACCAAGACUUGUUUCAGUGAACAGAAGAAGACGAGUAACCUUGAGGCCUAUGUGAAAUGGUUCAAUAGACUCUGCUAUCUUGUAGCAACAGAAAUUUGCAUGCCUGCAAAAAAGAAACAGCGAGCACAAGUCAUCGAAUUCUUCAUUGACGUUGCCCGAGAGUGCUUUAACAUAGGGAAUUUUAAUUCGCUGAUGGCAAUCAUUUCUGGAAUGAACAUGAGUCCAGUUUCCAGGCUAAAGAAGACUUGGUCAAAAGUGAAAACAGCCAAAUUUUUCAUUCUUGAGCACCAGAUGGACCCUACUGGUAACUUCUAUAACUACAGAACAGCAUUGCGGGGGGCUGCUCACAGAUCACUCACCGCACACAGCAACAGGGAGAAGAUUGUGAUCCCCUUCUUCAGCCUAUUGAUCAAAGACAUUUAUUUUUUGAAUGAAGGAUGUGCUAAUCGCCUUCCAAAUGGACACGUCAACUUUGAAAAAUUUCUGGAACUGGCUAAGCAAGUAGGAGAAUUUAUAACAUGGAAGCAAGUGGAAUGUCCCUUUGAACAAGACCCUAACAUCAUCCACUACUUGCAUACUGCUCCCAUUUUUACUGAAGAUGGUUUGUAUCUGGCUUCCUAUGAAAGUGAAAGUCCGGAAAACCAGACAGAAAAAGACAGGUGGAAAUCCUUAAGAUCCACUAUUUUAGGAAAGACUUGAAGAUUAAGACAUUAUUGCAGUAGGUCAAGGAAAAGAAAUCCGCAAACAUUUUGCACUACUGAUUCCAAAGAUGCCUGUUUGGGAUUUAGACAAUUUCUUUUGUUUGAGUUUUUUGUUGGGUUUUUUGACUGCCUAACGUGAUGGAUGAACUGGAUUCAUCCACUGAAAUCAACAGAACUGUGUGCACAAUGAUGCUUUUCUAACUAUGAGACGGAGAGAGGAAGGACAAACAGACUAUUUGUGGCUGUGCCCAAACUGCAUCAGGAUCAAUGUAACUUUUGCCUCUGAAGGAAAACAUAAGAAAAUCAGGAGCAUGGAGAACCAUGGUACUGCAGAAGAGAAUGGAAAAGCAUAAAAAAUGGAAAGCAAAAAAAUGCACGUGAAUAUUUCAGAAGCAGGUGCUUCAGACAGCAGCUCUUUAAACCCUCUGAGGAUUGUAAAAUUAAAUCAAACA